UCAGAUGUCGAGAGACCCACUUCCGUUGGCGACACUGCCGAUGGCACACACAGACGCACCCACACAGACACACAAAGCCAAUGACCAUCUAUGAUGACGCACGUGCGAGAGAGAGGUGCUGCUCACGUCGGGCUCGGCGAGUCUGUGGCAUUGAUUUCGUUCGACAACGGCACCUCAAAGGUAUAGUCGGCAUUCUCCUGCUGGCGCCGCUGGCGAGCAGUGAGGGGUGCGUCUUGGCCGCUCGGGGGGACAGCUGGGGUCGUCGGGUCAGUCGGUGCUGCCGCAGUGGCCUUCCGCAGUUGCUCGACAAUGUCACGGAGGCCGUAGUUGAUGUGCACAUCAGACUGUGGAGUUUCGCGCCUGAUUGACAGGACCACACAUGAGAGCAGUCAAGCCAUUACUAACGUGGUCUAGCUGCUGGUUGGUUGGCGUGCCUGCAAGUUGGGCAGACGGCAAAAGGGUGGCCAUGAGGAUGGCUGCCAAUGCGGCCCUCAACACACUGCCGACCCACAGACAGCGACCAAAGACACAUGAGUUCUCACUGAGGAGUGAGUGCCGUCUGUCUGUGAGUACCGCUGCGCAGAAGGAGUGACCUGAUGGAGGACGGAUGGACCAUGACACACACGCCAACACACUACAAGUGACUUGUCGGUCCUCCCCUCCCUCACUCUCUCUGUGUUUCCCACUGACCGCAUCGGAGCCCAUGAGGCUGCCUGUGGGCAUCCUCGUGAUGGUAGUCCUCCAGACAGACGCCACACUGUGGAAGGGGAGCCAUCUCGCGGCAGAUCUGCCGCACACACCGGGCAACAGAGAGGUGUGUGUCACUGUCAGAUUGGUGUGGACGGAGGGAAGGCAUCGAUUGCCGGCUCACCUGUCCUCCUCUGUGUCGCUUAACCACGGGCGGUGCGCGUCUGAAUGGCCAGAUCUUGACCCGCAUGGACGAGUGAGUCAGACAGAGCCCUUUCCGGCAGCGCGAGGAGGCCAACGGAGGGGAAAGGAACACCGAAG